UCUCUCUCUACAAUGGAUGAAUUAGGGUUUCUUUGUUUAAGGUCAAGGCAAAAUCAUAUAAAAAAUAGCAAUUUCAUGUUGUUCUAUUUUUUUUUUUGUGGGUUUUUGUUUGUUUAAGGUCAAGGCAAAAUCAUAUAAAAAAUAAUAAUUUUGAGAAAAAAAAAAGGGCAGCCCAGUGGAUUAAAGCUCCCGUUUGUGUUUGGUUGAGUUCAAGGAAGAAAUGAUAUAUAAAAAAACGUAUGGCGGAUGGUCACGGUUCAUCUAGGUCACCGGCAAGUCCGAAUGGAGGUGGUAGUCAUGAGAGUGGUGGGGACCAGAGUCCUAGGUCUAAUGUACGUGAACAGGACAGGUUUCUACCAAUUGCUAACAUUAGUCGAAUCAUGAAGAAGGCACUCCCUGCUAAUGGAAAAAUUGCUAAGGAUGCUAAGGAGACUGUUCAGGAAUGUGUCUCUGAGUUCAUUAGUUUCAUCACCAGCGAGGCAAGUGACAAAUGCCAGAGGGAGAAAAGAAAGACAAUUAAUGGUGACGAUUUGCUAUGGGCAAUGGCAACUCUUGGAUUUGAAGAUUAUAUUGAACCACUCAAGGUGUAUCUUGCUCGGUACAGAGAGAUGGAGGGUGACUCAAAGGGAACGGCAAAGGCUGCUGAUGGAUCUUCUAAAAGAGAUGGGAUGCAACCUGGUCCAAAUUCACAGCUUGCACAUCAAGGCUCAUUCUCGCAAGGAAUGAAUUAUGUUAACUCUCAGGGUCAGCAUAUGAUGGUUCCGAUGCAAGGCACAGACUAAGAUCCGAUGUUCUUCGUUUUGUUUAAGAUGGAGGGCUUGAAAAACUUAAUUCUAUAUUAGAUCCUCCGUAUCAUGGUUGAUUUAUUUUAGUGCUCUCCAGUAUGGGCCCUGUCAUAUUAGAAGUCUUUGUAAAUUUAGAUGUUCAAGAAUAUUAUAGACCUGAUUGUUUUGUAGUAAUAAUGAGAACCAAUUACCUAGUAUUUCUUUUCUCCUUCA